AUGAAUUAUCAUUGCGGAACUUUUGAGAAAUAUCAGGGACAUUUGGGUUCUCGGCGGGAUGUGUUGAGAUAUGGAAGUUUGGGCAUUGCAGUCUCUUGUCUCCUUUUCACCAUUACUAACUGGAAGGCAUUGCAGUAUGCAUCUCCAAAAGCUAUAUGGAAUUUGCUAUUUGGAGUCAGCGGUAACUCCUUUAUACGGAAUGAAGGUGCGUCCAGUUCUUCUAGAGUUAAACAAUUUGUGAACUAUAUAUCUGAUUUGGAAUCCAGGGGAACUGCUACUUCUGUGCCAGAGUUUCCAUCAAAACUUGAUUGGCUGAACACAGCUCCCCUUAAACUAAGCAGGGAUUUGAAAGGAAAAGUGCUUCUUCUGGAUUUUUGGACCUACUGCUGCAUAAAUUGUAUGCAUGUGCUGCCAGAUCUAGAGUUUUUGGAGGAAAAAUACAAAGAUAUGCCAGGUUCAGUUCUGUAG